AAGAGAGAUCAGCUGACCGAGACGCUGUUGAUGGUCAUGUGACAGCAGGACGCGGAUCUGAAGAGGCGAGCGGUUUUAAAUCAUAGCAUGUCCGCUUAUCUGUCCGCUUCUGAGCUGUCAUAGCAUCCCGGGCUUCAGGUAUGGACUUCUUGGUGUUAAUAUAGUAGAUCGUUUAUAGUACAUCGUUUAACUGUGCUGACGAGCGUGUAGAUGCAGUGUCUCCGCAGGGAAGCGUUUGAUCAGUGAAGCUAUCAGUGGCAAAUUACACCCCACCAAAGCAAGCAUGGCCUCCGAUAUCAACUAUCAGGAUGGCCCAGACCUUUCUAGAAGAGAUGUGAGCCCUGUUGAAGAUGAACCCAAUCAUUCACCCGCUUCCCUACGACAGACAGAAUAUGAACGAAUCGGAGGAAGAACAGGAUCCUCGUUUUUUCAGACUAUAAUUCAUUUACUUAAAGGAAAUAUUGGUACAGGACUCCUCGGCUUGCCUCUGGCUGUCAAGAAUGCAGGACUCCUGGUGGGGCCGUUAAGUCUUCUGGCUAUGGGAAUCGUGGCUAUACAUUGCAUGAACCUCCUUGUGAAAUGUGCACAUCAUCUAAGUGUAAAGAUGGGCAAGCCCUUUCUUUCCUACGGAGAUGCAGUGGAGUAUGGCAUGGAGAACGUGUCGUGGCUGAGCAGACACUCUGUGUGGGGAAGGCGUGUGGUGAACCUGUUCCUCAACAUAACCCAGCUGGGCUUCUGCUGCGUUUACUUUGUGUUCCUCAGCGACAAUGUCAAACAGGUGGUUGAGACUGCAAACGGGACGACCGGGAACUGUCACAACAACGAAACCGCAGUGAAUGUCCCCAGCUACGACUCUCGCCUCUACAUGCUCUUCUUCCUGCCCUUUAUCAUCGUGUUGGUGUUUAUCCGCAACCUCAAGUACUUGGCCCCUCUGUCGUUUGUAGCAAACAUUUCCAUGUGUGUCAGCCUGGUCCUCAUAUACUACUACUGUCUGACGAAUAUUCCAUACCCUAUCAACCUCCCGCUGGCAGGAAGAGCAGUUGACUAUCCUCUCUUCUUUGGAACAGCAAUUUUCGCCUUUGAGGGAAUUGGAGUUGUGCUACCACUUGAGAACAAGAUGCAGAAUCCCAGAAACUUCCCCACGGUCCUGUAUCUCGGCAUGGGCAUCGUCACCACCCUCUAUAUCACCCUGGGCACCAUCGGCUACAUUGGCUUCGGAGAGCAUAUUCGGGGCAGCAUCACAUUGAACUUACCGUUGUGCUGGUUAUAUCAGACCGUGAAGCUGCUGUACUCUUUUGGGAUCUACAUCACUUAUGCGCUGCAGUUCUACGUGUCAGCAGAGAUCCUGAUCCCGCCGGUGGUGGCGCGCUGUGGUCCCAGAUGGACGUUGAUGGUGGACCUCGGCAUCCGCGUGGCUCUCGUAGCCCUCACAUGUGCUCUGGCCAUAUUGAUCCCGGAGCUUGACCUGGUCAUCUCUCUGGUGGGCUCCGUGAGCAGCAGCGCUCUGGCCCUCAUCAUCCCUCCCCUGCUUCAGAUCAUCACCUUCCAUAAUGAAGACAUGAAGCUGUGGGAGAUGGUCAAGAACAUCGCCAUCAGUCUCAUUGGCUUUGUGGGCUUUGUGGCAGGGACGUACAUCUCCAUCCAGGAGAUUGUGGCACGGAACAGCAGCAGACACAACAGCACAUACCUGAAUGUAGGGUGAUUAAAUGAUUAAAUGUAGGCCGUGGGUAUCCGCUGUAUCAUUUACUCACUACAUGCUCCUUGAUUUCUGCUCAGUUCUGCUUGGGAUUCUUCUUUCUGAACAAAGAACUCAUUUUUACAAAAUCUUUUGGCUCAAACAGCCUUUUAUUCCAAUUUUAAGGUGAAAAUUAAUGGAAUAAUAUCUAUAUUGCUUAUUUUAAUGUCUUGUUUACAGUGUUUCAAUGCCUUGAACAGGUUCACGUGUCGUUUACUCAUUCGGAGUAGUUGCAAUUGGAAAGAAGGGAAGUGAACAGUAAUUUCUGUUUGUAACUGUGUUUUUGUAUUCUUAGGGCUCUUGUUUUAAAGACAAAAGGCGAGUUAUUUACUUCUGCAUAUUACACACAGACUCAACCUAGACUUGAUUGUAAAUAUGUGGAAAAUCCAAUCAAAGUGCACACAUUUGCACAAUUACACAAUACCCAGUACCUCUCAGUCUCUACCAAUUAAAAGCUUAGUCAGAACAAUGGUCUUUAAACAAUGUUAUCUGCACUGUGUCUGCUGUUCUAGUUUUUUAAAUUGAUUUAUAUUUUUAAGUAAUGUUUUAUAGGUUUAUUUGUGCCAUCUCACACAUCAAAUGCCGUCAGUGAGUCAUCAUGCAGAGAAAUCUGUUGAUAUAACUUGAUUAGUUUUUUCAUCUACCAGCUGUAGUUUUUGCCAGUAUAUAGCCAGAUUUCCUUUCAAAUGUGCAGUAAAUAAUUUUUUGUAAACAGGCUCCAGAUCUCAUGAUGUUUCGCACACACAAAACAGUUCAAGUUCUGGCAAACCAACAGAAGUGUGUUUUAACUGGAUGCAUGUUGAGGAACUUUAGUUUUAAAACACUUGUACUGUUGUGUCAAACACACUUUUUACUGAGGUACUUGAAUUUUAUUUUAUUUUUUUUAGUUGUAUGAAAUUGCUAUAUAAAUAUAUAUAUACUGUUGGCAGUGCCAGAGUUAUUGACUGGAGUUUUUUUUAUAUAAUUUACGGUAAUUUUUAAGUUGCACUCAAAUGCUUCUUUUGUAAUUGCAGUGUUACUUGUUUUGACUUUGUGAUUUCAUGAAUUUUUGCCUUAUUGUACAUAGAGUAUGCUGUAGGUCAUUUAUUCAUGCUCCCCUUGCUGAAAAUGAACAUUUCUACUUUAAAAUAGAUCAAAUAUGUAAAGGUGAGAUUCUACAAACAGAUAAGCAUCACAUUGCUCAUUUUUGUAUAUUACUAGUUCAUUUAUUUGUUAAUCAUCAACAUGAGAGUUUUGAGAUCCACCUGUUGGGUUGCGUCAUGUGUCUUUCUAGUUUAUGUAAAACAGCAGGCCUUGAGAGCUGCAAUGUGCUCUGUGUUUAAAUUAAAGAUGUUACUGCCUCUUC